GAUUACUUCCGACAAGAUAUUAAAAGCCCAACUACAAGCCCAAACGACUUUCCCCCAAAUACUCCACUCUCUUCGUUUAUUCUUCUUCUAAUAGCAUGGGAAGAAAAAGAGAAAUGAUUAACGAUUUCUAACGAUCCAAUCAACGCCAACAACCGGACAUGCCCCAUUCCAUUCCUUUCUCCCCGCCGCUCCUUUCCCCUGCCCUCUUGAAAAAUCUCCACAACCAAACCCUCUCCCCUAAUCACCCACAAACUCCUACUUUUCUCCCACCCAAAGGAUCAUAAGAAAAAGAAGAAAGGACACAGAAAUUCCCCCCUCCCAAUUGAAUCAUGCCAAGCAAAUUACGCAAGGCAAUCGGGGCGGUGAAGGACCAAACCAGCAUAAGCUUCGCCAAAAUCACCAGCACCAACGCUUCCAACCUCCAAGUCCUCAUCCUCAAGGCCACCCGCCACGACGAUUCUCCCAUCGACGAGCGCUACGUCACCGAGAUCCUCUCCUUGAUCUCCUCCAGCAAAGCCUGUGCCGUCGCCUGCGCCCACGUCAUUUCCAAACGAAUCGGGCGCACCCGAAAAUGGAUCGUCGCCUUGAAAUCUCUGAUGCUCGUCCUCCGAAUUUUUCAGGACGGCGGCGAUCCUUACUUCCCCCGAGAAGUCAGCAAGCGUGGGGCCAGAAUACUCAACCUCUCGGGAUUUCGCGAUGAUUCGAAUAAGAGCCCUUGGGAUUUCACCGCAUUUGUGCGGACCUUCGCACUCUACCUCGACGAACGCCUGGAUUGCUUCAUCACCGGGAAGUUACAACGCAGCAGCUUCACUACGCAGCGUGUCCGAACGGGGAAAUUCCAACCCCCGAAGACGACGAAGAUGUAUUUCAACGACGGCAUGAACCCGGCUGUGCUCCUUGACCAUAUUUUUCACUGGCAGAAGCUGCUGGAUCGCGUGAUGGCCACACGGCCAACGGGGGCCGCGGAAUCGAACCGACUGGUUCAUAUCGGUCUAUACGCCAUCGUUCAGGAGAGUUUCGAUUUAUACAAGGAUAUCUCCGAUGGAUUGGCUCUCCUCGUUGAUAGCUUCUUCCACCUACCGCACCAAUCUUGCGCAACUACAUUUCGGGCGUGCGUGAGGGCAAUGAAGCAAUUCGAGGAGCUCUCUUCUUUCUACAAUUUCUGUAAAUCGAUGGGCGUGGGGAGGGCAUCGGAGUAUCCCAACAUUAGGAAGAUCUCCGGGGAGCUAAUUGGGACGUUGCAGGAGUUUCUGAGAGACCAAGCUUCGUUUCCAGCAGUGGCUGGUGGUGGCGGCCCGUCUCCAUCGCGAAGACCGGAGUUGGAGGAGGAGGAAGAGGUUGCGGCGGAGGGAAUUUCAUCAUCACGCGCUCGUCAAUUGUCAUCGUUGGAGGAUUUGAUGGGACUCGCCGGGAUGGAGGAGCAAGAGGUAGAGUCGCCGAUGUCGUCAGAGAAUAAGGACAUGAUCGACGCAGCAGGCAAAGAUAUUAUCGUGUCGUCGAGCUCGUUUUCAUUCGAUCAAGGGACGAGAAACACAAAGGGUAGUAGUGGUGCUCUAGAUUUGUUGUCACUGGACGAUUGGGAUCUGGAGGAUUUGAAGAUAGAGAAUGAUGAGAAGGCGUUGGAGAAUUCAAAUUCGGGAUGGGAGAUUGUUCCGGUCGAGCUCGAGAAGCAGCCCAGCACCGAAAUCCCUAUUGGAUUCUUUGAUUUGAAUGGAUCUGAAAAUUCUGGUUCAUCAAUUGGAUUGGAAUUCGGAAUUUCGGCGACUACUAGUAAUCAAGUCCCUGAUCACCAUUAUAACCCAUUUCUAGAGGAUCUGGAUGUUAGGUUGCCUCAUAUUGAAACAGAAUCAAAGCCUUUGCCGCUUCCGCCGACAGAGGAGGAGAAGGCAACAGUUCUAGUGGAUGACCUUUUUCUCGGCGGGGACUUUUUAGCAGACACGACCAAAGUUCAACAUUCAGAAUCAAGUUACACUGAGGGUUGAUGAAAAUUUGAUCAAGUUAUUUAGACCUACCAACUUUGUUUCUUAAAAGAAAGGUAAAAAAAAAGAAGAAAUCCAAACAAAUUUGUUCAAUUCGA